UUAUUCGCUUAUCAAAACGGCAGUAUUCGCAUUGUUCUUUAUGGUGUCGCAGUUAUUUUCAUAUAUCUGUAUAUUGGGUCUUGUGUAGUUUGGUGCCUAAAUACUGAAAUAUGUACCGUACUUCUAGUUUUCUACCGGUAAUGCAGUAAUGAUUUUUGCACAAGAGACAUGUCAGUCCUAACCCCUGAACCCCCACCUGACUACGCCAUCCAAAAAUUACGUCACUAAUCUGAGCGACAUCUCAAGCUCUCAGUUAAAAGUGGAAGUGAAAAGCUUCGGGGGAGAGGGGCAAUAUUUAACUGAUGUUUCAGGACUGCAGGAGGAAUUACUUCAGGCAUGGAUUUUUUUCUCAAAGAUAAUAAUAUAUAACAUAAUAUAUAAUAUAACUGAGAGGACUUAUUAUAAGACUCUCUAAACCCAGAUCAUUCCGAAAACUAUGGUAUUGGAUUUUAUAUUCACCAAAAUUGCUUUGCCAUACUCCAAUGAAUAACUUGACUUUUUUCCAGGUCGGUGAUGAUUCUGCUUGUUCUCCAACUUUUCUGAUCCCUAUUCCUUUAUUUGGUGAAAAGCUCCAAAACAGGCAAUGGUUUUUGUAAUAGGGGCCAAGAAAAGUGGACAAGGGGGAACAGUUCAAUUACAUGCCAAAUAAACCUGUAAUCAAGUUUCAUAAAAGGAUAUUUUGUUUUGUAUUUAUCUUGCGACCCUUAUAUUUGUCAUCUGUUAUGUGUGAUAUAUUUCCAGAUUUAAGUGCGUAAGUUUAGCUGGAUGUUUCAAUCCACUGUUUUGUAGUGUUUUCUGCCACCAUCAUGUCAACUUCGAAAAUACCUCAGAACAGAGUUUCACGUCCUGCAGCUCCAUCCAAACUUCCAAGUCGAAUAUUGAGACCGACAUUUACAAACAAAUCUUCAACAAGUAGUACAAACUUUGUUAACUCUGCUAAACAAAUAGAAAGAAAAAAAGAAUUUUUGAAAAGUUCCGAAUCAGUGGCAUCUCUGAACUUGAAAAAUCGAACGGAACGAAUUAUCACUGUGGAUUGUAAUGGAAAUAAUGACAAUUUUGUUCCUGACAAGUUUGCUACAGAAAGUGAAACUUCUAACAAACAGUUCACUGAAGAAAUCAGUAAAAUUAAUGUCACAUCAAGCACUAAUUAUUAUGAAGCAUGUAAACCCACUGUGAGAACAUCGCAAAGUUCUGAUAGCCACCUUAUUUCUCAAAGCACUUCAUCUGUCGACAGCGUGCAAUGUACAAAAACUGAUGUUGUAGGCAAUAAUAAUUCACCAACUUUUCGUUCAUUGAAGCCUGGAUACUUUUUACAAAAAGUCAGUGCUUUAAAAAGUUCACAACAGAAAAUGAAUGUGAACACAGAGAAAGUACCAUCAGGAAUGCCAAGUAAAAAACAAUCUAUCAAAUUACCAAACAGGAUUGUGCACACUGGUAAUGUUGGUUCAGAGAAAGGUAAAUUUGGAUACAAAUCAGAGAAGAGUAAUUUGCCUACCCAAAUGGAUAAUAAUUCAGAAAUCACGAAAUCAUUAAACGCUAAUGCAACAAGGAAUAAGUCAUCAUCGGGGACAUCCAGACCUUUGUCUCAGACUUCUAAUUUAGAUCAAGACAACCCAGAUAAAGCAGAUAAUUCGUCGAUCAGAACAAACCUGUCUCGUGCUGAAAAAAGAAAAAAAUAUUUAGAAAUCAGAUGUAUUGCGGAUGGUAAUCAGAAAAAAACUGAUAAAAUUCCUUCUUUUGGAUUCCAAAAGAAUACCACUUCAGAUAAAAGUUCGGAUGACUCAACAAAUGACAGUACCGCAACAAUGGAUUCACAUAUUGGCAGAAGGACUUAUCUGAGAAAACCACCUCUUCGAAAUGUCAAGAUUGCCAGACCUGUAACAAGACCAAAGAAAACUCCUUCACCCAUUAUGCCAAGACCAUUUGGAUUUGAGAACCGACAACUGCCUUGCAUACCAUCACAACAAAAAUCUGAAAAUGGGGCUGUUUUAAGUAAUGAACCUCAUUUAGAGAGUUGUAAAGAUGAAAAUAUAAUAAAUAAUUUCUUAAAUAAAUCAAAUGACGGAGAUGGUGCCGCGGAACCAGUUCAAAUUCCUACAGUUUCAAAUGAAUAUUUUCCAGAUAUUGCUGUAGAUAAAGAAAGCGGAUACAGUUCCAUCACAUCUACUGUUUAUUUGGAUACAAGAACAGACAAUAUACCAGAAGCUCACCCAUCACUAUUAGUCAAAUCUGAUGCUGGGCAAACAUGGAGUGGAGUACAAUCAAACUGUAAUGAAAAUGUUAUGAUGAAAUUAUCGAAUCAACAGAGUAAUAGCAGCCUGAAUGAUGUUCUAUCUUCGGUGUUUGAUGAUGAGCUUGAGGCAGAUGAUGAAAAAAAAGAACAACAUAGAUAUGUUACCUACAUUGCCAGUAAAGAUAUAAUAACUUAUGGAGAAUAUAGACUGCAAACCGAAGGUAAUUAUUCUCCAGAAGAAAGAUAUGGAUCUACAGAGGCUAGACAAAUAAGGACUAGCUCUGGGAGUGACUCUGAUAUCGCUCCAAUUCGUGAUGCUCGGGUAUCACCUGACUGUGGGAAUGCAUCGGACUCUAGUGCGGAAACUGUAAUUCCGAAUAUAAAGUCACCUCAGCCUCCUGAUGUGUUCGAGCAAGAUCUAGGUUCAAAACAGGACGAAUUAAAAACAUUGCCAUCUCAUAAUAUUAAAAUUAAGCCUGAAUUGAUAGUAAAUUUAAAUGAAGAAGGUGACGAAAUUAGUUUCAAGGAGGACAAGUCUCCACAGAAAAAUGAUUUUCACUUCUUGACAGCUAAACUUGAUACAAUACCGAUAUUUCAAGGACAAACCCCAGAAUCUUCAAAUCGUUUGCCAGAUACGCCUUCUACAAGUUCUACAAGCAAAGCAAAAAAACGUAAGACAGAUUCUUUAAUUAUGUCACCUUUGAUUAUAGAAGAAAUCAAAAAGAACAAUGAGAAAAAAGUUUUGUCAUCGAAAUUGGAAAGUGAAAAGAAAAAAUUGUUCGAGAAAGAUGAGAAGCAUGAGAAUAUUUCUGAUGAAGAAGAUGAUAAUUUAAGUCAAUUGAUUGACUUGCCGAGUUUGUGUGAAAGUGCCUUGAUGGAAGAUUAUAAUUCAAUAUUAGAAGAUGAUGUCACAUAUGAUGCACUUUCAGAUAAUGAAAAUAAUUUUAAAGAUGAUGGGAAGCCGAAUGUCACUUCCACAGUUGAAACUACAGUUAUUAACAGACUUCUAUCACAAGGGUUAAAUGGAAUUGUUAGACCAGAUGAAGAUCCGAUUACAUGUGAACCCGAACCAGACACAGUAUUUGCAAGCUUUCAUAAUUCUAAUCAUGAUAAAUUGAAUUCUGCCAUGACUGUGAAGGAUAAUCACGACUUUGAUAUGCAUUCUGAAGCAAAUCACAAGCUGGUUUACACAGAGGAUGAAAUUCGAAUGUUCAAAACUGAAUUGAAAACAUUGAAAAUGUCUAUCACUGAAUUGUACAAAAUGUUAGAAGUGGAAGAUAUACAGAAACAAAGGUUGAAAAGAGAAAAUAAACAUCUUCAUACAAAAAAUCAAGAACUCUCACAAAAGCUCAAAACUGUCUCUGAUGAAUUGGCUAUAUUAAAAUUUUCUGAAAAAUCAAACAAAAAUAAAGAAGACAAGGAAACUCAAGUUGAGAUUGAGUGCCACAAUGUUUCUACUGACACGGCUGACAAAGAAGACAACAGCUCAAAUAAAAAGUCACAACAUCAAUCAGACACAUCAACAUCUCCCCGAUGGUUCCAUUCUGAAGUCAGUGAUGAGGUUGAAUCCAAUAUAAAGGAGGCUUCGGACGAAAUCAGAUUUCUAAAAGACUUGCGUGGAGAUUUUGAUAAAAGAAUUGAUGACGCAGAACAACGUCUCAAUAGCGCACUCGAAUUGCUGCAUAGAUGACUGAUGUCGACUAAUUUCAUGCAUUGACAUUUAUUUUAAAGAAACAUAAAAAAAAAUAGUUUCUUAUUAUAAAUUGUUCAACUGUUCACUUCAUCUAUUUAUGUUGCUGAUGUUUUGGAUUUACUGGAUGGAUACAUCAUACUUGUCACUGUUUCAAAAUGUCAAACAUGGUUGCAUCUAAGUUUGUUGCUUUUGGAGCCUAGCUUAGUUUCAAAAGUUUAUUCACUUUGUGUAAUUUUUAUACUUAGGCACUUAUAAUUUCAAGGCUCUCUUCUUUCACACUUACUGUCCUUUUCACUAAAGAAAACUUCAGUUUCGAUGUUUUCAUAAUUGACUGCCAUAUCUCAUUUUUUCAUACUCGAGAUCCUCUUCUGUCUGACAAAUAACUUCUUGUGUCAGACGACAGAUUUUUCAUUUUUAAUGCAAACUCUUCGGCUUUGUUGGCUUGUACUGCUUUGAGCAUCAAUUCAAUCAAUAUCUGCUGUUUUUGGUGCUGGUGGACCUCUUUACAUCUUUCUUUUUUAUAUUACUUUUAUAUUUUGCAAAAGGUAAAUCACUGCUCUGCUCUUUCUGUUUUAUUUAUCAAUCUGAGACAAAUUAGAUCAAAAUGUGUUGCUUCAUUCAGUGAAACAUUCUGAAAGCACAUCUUGACUGUGAUAUUCGGUGACUGAUACUUAGUAUAAGCCAACACUUUUCUUUGAAUGUUUUUCUUUAAUUUGUUACUGUCUUAUUCAUCAUAGAUAUUUAUUAAUUUUGGAUUUUAUCAGUAUUUGUUUGUUGUGCUUUAUAUCUGAUAAUUGAUAUUGAGAUACAUGUCAGAAUAUCAGACUUUAUAUGGAAUGAGUCAGUUGACUGUAUUUUUUUGAAUCUCAAAUAUUUGCGAACGGAACAUUUUUUUCUCAUUUAAAAUGAAAUAUAUAUGAAAUAUUCCCAAACAUGCAGCUUGAUUUGCAAUGUUCAAUGCAAUUUCGCAAUUGCAAACCACUGUUCAAGUUUGCAGCAUGAUAUUCCAGCUGAUAGAGUUUUGCUGUACAUGUAAUAAUUUGGCUUCACCACCAUCACCAAUUAUUUUAAAAUUUGGGUAGUGUAUGUAGUAGCUGAAGAAUGUAAAGAGUAUUUCUUGACAUGAUUACUUCAAACUUGUACCUGUUAGAUGUUGAUUCAAUUUAGCCAUAUGAUACACAGUCACUUUAUAUUAUUUCUAUUCUAUUGUUUACUUGUAUACUGUAUCUUUUUUGCACCACGCACUCUAACGAAGAAGAUUUUUCUGCUUCAGUAAUCGUCAACUACUAAAUUGGUUUCAUUUUUCUCAGCUUAAGAGCUUUGCUUGCGUGGUGACAAUAAUGUUCAAAUAUUUCUUGAAAAAAAAAAGUUUUUGUUUCUCAUUAGAUAUACUUUUGUAAUUUAUAGAAAAUCAGUCAUUUUUGCAUUUGUGCCUACAAUUACUCGUAUUUUUGAAAUGUUAGAGGCACAAUGUGGCUGAAGUUAAAUGUCCACACAUGAUUUCUUGUUUAAUUUUUAUCAUUCUUCAUCAUAGUUUAUUUCCAGAUUAUACUUAAAUAUCCAUUAUCAUUUCAAAAAAACAGAUGAUAGUAAAGUAUGUUACCCAUAGAACAAAUUUUAAUGUAUAUGCUGAGGCAUAAAUUGCAGUCAUCACUUGAAGCUCCAAAUCCUGUCAUAUGUGUCAUUUAUCUCAAAUUUAAUGGGCUGAUUUGAAAUUAUUUUCAAGAUAGAACAGAGUUUAAAUUAUAAUACUUGUGGUAUUCUGUUGAGCUGAAGUAUGAUACUGUUUUUAUGUUCUUUAAUAAAACUGUGAUUUUCUUCAUUUCAUAAUCAUAUGUGUCAGAGUGAAUGAAGUUUAAUAAAUCAUUUUUUUUGAUGAGAU